AUGGCUCCAAUAACCACCCUCCUCUUCGACUGCGACAACACACUCGUACUCUCGGAAUCUCUUGCCUUCGAAGCCUGCGCCGAUCUCGCCAAUGAAAUUCUCGAAGCCCGCGGCAUCAGCGACCGCUACACGGGUCCUCAACUGCUCUCUGAAUUCGUGGGGCAGAAUUUCCGCGGCAUGAUCAGCAGUCUCAAAAGCAAAUACAACUAUUCGAUGAGCGAUGCGGAACUCGAGGGGUACGUGAGCAAGGAAGAAGACAAGGUGAUUGCGAAGCUCCAGGCGGCGUUGCAGCCCUGCGAGGGGGUGGAUGAGGAAUUGGUGCGGCUGGAGAAAGAUGGGGGGUAUUUGAUGGCGGUGGUGAGUUCGAGUGCGUUGCGCCGAUUGAAGGCGAGUGUGGAGAAGGUGGACCAGGCGAAGUAUUUUGGAGAUCGCAUUUAUAGCGCUGCGACGUCGUUGGAGAAGCCGACGAGUAAACCGGAUCCGGCGGUGUAUUUGCACGCGAUGGAGAAGUUGGGGGUCAAGCCGACAGAGUGUGUAGCGAUUGAGGAUAGUAGGAGUGGUGCGACGGCGGCGGUGAGGGCGGGGAUUUAUACUGUGGGCUAUGUGGGGAGUUAUGAGGAGGGCGAACGCAAGGAGAUGGAGGAGGUGUUGAGGAAAGCUGGGUGUAAGGUUUUGAUGAGGGAGUGGAGGGAGUUUAAGGGGAUUUUGGAGAAGAUUCAAGAGGGGGGAUUGGAGAAUUAG